AUGCGGCGGCGGUCCGCCGCGCGGGGCCCCGGCGGCGCGAGUGGCCUCAAGGUCGUGCUCCUCGGCAAGCCGGCCUCGGGCAAGGGCACGAUCGCGCCCAUGCUCUGCACGGCUUAUCGGGUUGCCCAGGUCGGGUUGGGCAACUUAUUACGGAGCCGCGCGCGCGUCGGCGGCGGCGGCGACGACGCCGUGGCCGACGCGAUGCGAAGCGGGCGGCUCCUGCCCGACGAGCUCGCGCUCUCCGUCGUCGCGGAGCGCGUGUCGCGGCGCGACGCCGUCGCCUGCGGCUGGCUGUUAGACGGCUUCCCGCGGACGGCGGCGCAGGCGGCGCGCAUGAUCAAAUCGCCGCCGCUGCAGGUGCCCGCGGACCUGCCCUUCGACGGGCCACCCAUGGGCGACGACGCGUACCUCCUCACACCCGACGCCAUCGUCGUGCUCGACCGGCCCGACGACCUCGCCGUCGACUUCGUGCUCGGGCGGUGCACGGACUCGGCGACGGGCACGGUCUACCACCCCAAAUACGCGCCGCCGCCGGAGGACGUCGAGCCGCGGCUGGUGUGGCGCACGGACGACACGGAAGAAGUGCUGCGGCGGCGGCUCGCGGACCACGACGCGGCCGUCGACGACAUAUUGGCCAUGUUCUCCGAGUCCUGCGCCGUGCUGCGCGUCGACAACGCGCGGUCCGAGCUCGAGACGUUCGACGAGAUCUGCGCGUUCUUGGACAAAGUC